CCAAUUUCAUCCACGAAUACGUGAAUUAUGAAUUAAAGUAGUAGUGUUCCCUAUAGGUCUAUUAAAAUAAUUGUUUCUGCAUCAUCACCGGCCAAAAAUUCAUACCCCACACACCGGCAACCGGAUCCACCGGUUAUCACAAGAAGAAGAAAUUUUCCAAUAUAUACACAAUACAAUCCAUAAGCAUGCACUCACCAUCAAUAUCAGAGUUCACACUUUAACCCUCCCUCUCUCUUGUGAAUUUCUCUCUCUCUCUCUCUCUCUCCCACAACCAUGCCCGGCCACAACGACUACUUCAACGUCCCCCUCCGCCGCGUCGCCAUCGGCAACCAGGACGAGUUCCGCCAUCCCGGCGCCAUCAAGGCCGCCGUAGCUGAGUUCAUCAGCACCCUCAUCUUCGUAUUCGCCGGCUCCGGCUCCGGCAUCGCCUACAACAAGAUCACCGGAAACGGCCCCACCACCCCCUCCGGCCUCAUCGUCGCCUCCGUCGCCCACGCUUUCGGCCUCUUCGUCGCCGUCUCCGUCGGCGCCAACAUCUCCGGCGGCCACGUCAACCCCGCUGUCACCUUCGGCCUCUUCGUCGGCGGCAACAUCACCCUCUUCCGCGGCAUUCUCUACAUCAUCGCCCAGCUCCUCGGAUCCGUCGUCGCCUGCCUUCUCCUCGGCUUCACCACCGGCGGCCUCGAAAUCCCGGCGUUCGGCGUCACCGGCGUGUCCGUGUGGAGCGCGUUCGUGUUCGAGAUUGUGAUGACCUUUGGGCUGGUUUACACGGUGUACGCCACCGCCGUUGACCCGAAGAAGGGGGAAAUCGGCAUAGUGGCGCCGAUUGCUAUCGGUUUCAUAGUGGGAGCAAACAUCCUGGCCGGCGGCGCGUUCACCGGCGCGUCGAUGAACCCGGCAGUGUCUUUUGGGCCUGCCCUGGUGAGCUUUACCUGGACCCACCACUGGAUCUAUUGGGCUGGGCCUCUCAUCGGAGGUGGGCUUGCCGGUAUUGUGUACGAGAUCUUUUUCAUGAGCCACACUCACGAGCCGUUGCCUGAGUACUGAUGACGUACGCCAAUCUGAGUUGAAAGGACGCUCUGUC